AUGUCUGCAGAAAGAGAUGCCGCUAUUGCCGAGGUUGAGGUUGCCGCUGAUGCCUCUCCCCGUGGACAGAUGUCCGUCGAGGAGGCCCUUCAGGAUGUCUUGAAGCGCGCCCUCGUCCACGACGGUCUUGCUCGCGGUCUCCGUGAGUGCGCCAAGGCCCUUGACAGACGUCAGGCCCAUAUGGCUGUCCUCGUUGAGACCUGCACUGAGAAGGAGUACAUCAAGUUGGUCGAGGCCCUUUGCGCUGAGCACAACAUCAACUUGAUCAAGGUCUCUGAUGCCAAGAAGCUCGGAGAGUGGUCCGGUCUCUGCAAGAUCGACCGUGAGGGUAACGCCCGCAAGGUCGUUGGCUGCUCGUGCGUUGUUGUCAAGGAUUUCGGUGAGGAGUCUGAGGCCAUGAACGUCCUCUUGGAGUACUUCAAGACUCGUUAA